AUGGAGAACAACGAGUUCGUGGUGCAAGUCGAUUCGACUUCAAGCGACUCCGCCUCGCCGGCGCACCCGACUGCCAACGCUACUCCUCCGCCUCCGGCAAUGCCUGCACCCGCUGCAGGAAACCCGAGCGUGGACGGUGCAGCACCCGUGGUGACGCCCGGGAGUGGCGUGGGGGAGAGUGGACAGGAGACUGCUGGGGGCAGUGCCAGUGGAGUGGGUUUGUUUGGGAGGAGGAGGAGGAGGGGGCGGCCGAGGAGGAACAAUGCCGACGAGAGCCUGAGGAUGCCCCGGCCUUCGAGACCGGGUUAUUCCGGAAACAUGGGUUGGGCCAGGCCUCUCGGAUUUGGUUCGCCGUUCCUGUCGCAAUCCAGUGAUUGGCUCUCGAACACGGCCUGUUGGGACUUCACUACGCAUAUGAUCAUGGUGAAUGCUGGAGAGGAUGUAGCUAGAAAGAUUGUUGCAAUUGUUCGCAGGAGCCAAAGAGGAGUUUGCGUACUUUGUGCAACAGGAGCUAUAUCUAAAAUUGCUAUUCACGGGCCCGGGUCCCCCGGUGGAAGCAUGGAAUUCGAGGGUCGAUUUGAGAUAGUGUCUCUAUCAGGAUCGUUCACCGUGGCUAAUGCUAGCACUAGCAGGGGCGUGAUGGGCGGAUUAAGCGUGUCAUUAGCAUGCGCUGAUGGUCGGAUCAUAGGAGGAGGGCUUGCUGGUCCACUAGUAGCUGCUACCCCCAUUCAAAUGAUAAUCGGGACUUUUGUGCCAAACAAUUUCAUGGGCCAUAACAUAAUGAACCGCCGAGAGUAUGCAUCGACUUCCGCAUCACCCGGGAUAGGACCUCACUCGACGACUGGAGCAGUUCCCAAUACUUCCCCACCGGGAUUCGAGGGCCAUAUGUAUUCUACGCCAAUGCAGGCUGGUCGUCAGUUUAAUGACGUCGCAGGUGACAAUGAUAUCCGGAGGAAUGCAUCCGCUGGUGGUGCUGGGAUAAACAAUCCUGAGAAUGUGCCUGCCCAAAGGACAUCUCCCGAGAUGAAUAUGUUCGGUGCUCCGUGA